AUGGGACAAGACCUUGCCAAGCAAGUUCAACCGAGGAACAGUGUUCAUUCAAAUAGCCCUGUAGUCCAAGCCCCACAGCCGAAAGAUUUAUACAGCAAGAAGGGUCCAUUGAACAGAUGUAAGUGUGCACGUUUGUCACAUUUUUAUGUUAUUGAUAUCAAAUGUCACCCCUGGGAAUCCGCACAAAAAUAUCAUUUGCCUCCGGGAGAAAUCUGCAGGCAGGCUAGACGCAUUUUUCUUGCUAAAGUCUCCCUUUUUAAUCGCAAUCAAGUUCUACCAUCACCAUAUACAUUUUAAGUUAUAUUAUUGGAAGACCGAAGGCUAAAAUGAAGAACCAGUGAGCGAUAGCAUCCGGACACUACACUUCACUAAGUAAAUAUAAAGCCAUCAUUUCACUUCUAGGAGCUAAAUACGAUUAUGACUCUAGGGGUCAGAUUUACUCUUUGGCUAGGAACUUAAUGAUUAUUUAUAGAGGUCAGAUAAUGACAAAAAUAUAAUCUCGUGUCUGAUCUAAGCCACCUCAGAUGACUUACGUGUGCUACAGUCUAGGGUCCACUGGUUGAGACUCUUAAAGCAUAUAGCUCGCUCUAUUUCGCAGAUUUCUUGUCAGGGAGAACCGGUACAUGCUUACUUAUAUUAUUUUGUUUCUGAAAAGUCAGUCCUCUGAAUUUCCAAAAGAAGGCAAUUCAAUUUUGUCCCUGAUAAAGGUUAAGGAAAUUACCUUUUUUGAUUUGAGUAUUAAUACAAUUAAUAUUCUUUGAACCUCUUGUCUCUUCAACUAGUUUCAGAAAGUGAAGUUCAAAACAUGGUGAAUGUUUACCAUAAAUUAGCAGCCCUCUCUCCCCGGGACAAGUAUAUUGACAGGAAUACUUUGUAAGUUGUAUAUAAUAAUAUAUUUGUUAGAUAUCUUUAUUAUAUUAAAUAGAUAUUCAAAGCAGUUAUACCAGCAGUCAAGGCAGCUGUGUUCUAAAAAAAAUUAAGGGAGCCCAGUGCUUUGAACCUGUGAAAUCCAGGGUACCUUAAAGCAAAUGACUAAUCUGUGAAAAAAAUUAGGAUUUCCCAGUCGCCCAAUUAAGAGCCAAACAAAGAUAGGCACCCGGGGGACCAGCAGGCGCUGCUAGAGCAUGUGGGGCCCUGUCAGUUCAUCAAAAUAAAUGUUAUCAUUCAAAUUAAUCAAUAAUUACAAGUAUUAAUAAUUUAUCUGAGUUUUUUACUUUUGUUUAUUAUUAAGAGCAGCUAACUAAAAUUUAUCCUUUUAGAAAAUUUUAAGUUCAGAUGUAGAAGGAAUCAUUAUUUGUUGUGUGUUCAAAUUAAUUUGAGUAAAACCCUGUUUUGUGCCAAACAGAAAACCUGUAAUAGUGCAAUGCCCAGGCUGGUUUCAGUUAGGACAGUAAAGAAAAAAAAAAAAAAAAAAAAAAAUAAAUCAAUUUUUUUUUGAAAAUCGGGGUUAGCCAUUUUGAAAUGGGACCAUUGCUAUUUUUUUUCUAUGUUUUUUUGAACCAUGGUGGUGUUGAAAGACGAAAAAGAAAGGUGUCGUGUUUUAACUUGUUUCCUUUAAUUUUCUAUUUAGAAUAUUUUAAGUUCAUAUGUAGAAGGAAUAUUUUUUUGUUGUGUGUUAAAAUUAAUUUGAGUAAAACCCUGUUUUGUGCAAAACAGAAAACCUGUAAUAGUGCAAAGCCCAGGGUGGUUUCAGUUAGGAAAGUAAAAAAAAAAAAAAAAAAAAAAAACAUACAUCAAUUUCUUUAUGAAAACUGGGAUAAGCCAUUUGUACAUGGUACAAUUACUAUUGUUUACCAGGAGUGUUUGGGACCGAGAGGCUUUUUAACUACCGUAAGUAACUGUGCUCUGUCUACAGUUGUGUCCCUAAGGUAAAGGGGCACUUCCUUACAUUUUAUUUGUCCACCAAAAAUGAUUUAUGGUGGAAGAAGAAAAUGUAGGGAAGUAUCCCUUUACCUCAAGCGUCUUUAUUACACUUACAUGUAAUGACUCAAUUAGUUGCUGUAAGAGUCAGUGGUUUUAUGUCAUCAAAUUUAAUUUCACUUUGUUCUGUUGGUGUGAAAUUUUUAAAAUGAAUGAAGGAAAGAUAGGGAAAGUGGGUGCAGCUAUAUAAGCUAUCCCUAAUGUUGAUGGUCUGAGUUUAUUGAUGAAAAAGAGAUGGAGCAUUGUAUAUCCUUUUCAGCUUGCAUUACUUUCCAUUGGAUGGCGUCUUGGCUGGAAGACUGUUUGCAGCAUUUGAUAAAGACAAAAAUGGUCAUAUCGAUUGCGAUGAGUUCUUAGGUGAGAAAACCAUACAUUGUAGUUGUAGUGAUUAGCAAUUCAUCAAAAUUAAGUAAAGGACCAAACCCCACUCUUUUGCAUAUAGGGGGUGUCUCCAAGCCUGGUUUUUACUACAGACAGGUUUAAAUUUGCUUUGGAUUCCUGUUUCUUUUUCUGAAGACAGUGUAACAGUUACUGUUGAUUUUACAUGUAACUCAAGUCUGCUGUAACUAUUUGAAUAUCAAAACAUGCAAUUUUGAGCUAGAAUUAAUAUAAUAAAUUGAUGAUAUUCCUGCUAAUUAUGUAAGCUUUCUGAUUUUGAAUUUAAAUUGUAGUUGAAGAGGUCUCGAUCUGUGGAAUAUAAAGGUCCUAAAUUAAGUGACUCAUGAUUUAAGCUAAUGAAUUCUUCCAGUGAUUCAUAUUAGAUGAUUUGUUGAUAUUUGGCAUAAAUACCAUAUGGGUGAUAUUUCAAAAUUGUUACACGUAAUUUCAGAAUUUGAGAAAUAAUAUUUUGAAAUGUCACGAGUGGUAUUUAUGCCAAAUAUCACGUACAAAUCUUGCUAUUAUUUGUUUAUAUACCCGCAAAAGGUUUGUGGGUAUUUCAUAUUAAGCUGAAAUACCUGCACUACUCUAAGCCAAUCAAAUAAUUGCAGAAAUUUCUCAUGUAGUAAUAUAAAGUAUUAUACAAGGCAAAUUUAAAACAGAACCUUGCAGGUCACCAUAGAAGUCACUCAAGUCACUUUGCCGGACAUUUCUUCAUUUUCAUACUUAAAGCCUGGUCUAUCUUAACCAUACUGCGAGCAACCCAGCCAAGGAGUUCUGUUGCUAAAAUGUAGUUAUGGUGACAUUUACUUUUAUUAAAUGUUUUAAAUUUUAAAAAAAUAUAGGAGGUCUUGCACUGUGUUUGAGAGGUUCAACAGAAGAAAGAGGGCAGAUCAUCUUUGAUAUGGUAAAUUUAGCAAAGUAGUAAACAUGUUAAUUGUAAUUACUACAUGUACCAGGGUGCAAAGAAAAUCAUUUUUACAGCUCAAGCCGUUCGGGCAACCUGAACCUAGCAUUUACGAGCCCAGACUUCAUUUCAACUAGCCCCAAAAGCUUUUUGAUGAGCAGAAUUGAUUUCACAGUUCUUCUAUUAUUCGAAUUCCUCAAAACACAUCACUUGCCUGUAAAUUGCCAGCAUUCACAAACUAACCCUGUAGUUCGUAAUUUAUUUGAAUAACUAUUAAAAUUAAAUGGUGGAAUCCACGAUCAGGAGAGAUUUUGUUUUCUGAUUGGUUUCCUGAGUAGGCAAGCUGGGUUUCCUACAUCAAUCCCACACUGAAAGGGUUCUCUUUUUGGCUAUGAUCCAACCAACCUUUAUUGAUCAGUUGCUGAAUAAAUACAAGUUUGGUCAAGAUCGCUGGGUAUUAGCAUAAUUCUUUUUUACUUUGUCUGGGUCCAUAAAAGCACAAGUAAAAUUAAAAGCUUGGUCAAAUAUACCUAUCCAUGCAUACAUCUUGUCCUCAGCCAUGAUCAAUUAAUUACACAUCUCAGUUAAUCUUAUUGCUUGAUUUCUUGAUGACAGCUUAUAUCCUGCCUUAAUUUAAUACUAAGUGUGUAAAUUUCUGUCAUCAUUGUUCACAACACUUAAAUGUAAAGGAUAGACACCAAAAUUUUUGUGAGUCAAACUUAAAGACCCCUCAAGAGUGAAUUUAAUUAAGUUUAGCAUCCGAGUGAAUAAACAAACAAUAUUAAUUUCACAUUUCAAUUUAUUGUUAAUUUGGGUCACAAAUGCAAGCUAAUUAUUGUCCAAAUUUUGAUACAUUUGUUUUGGAGAACUUGGCUCAUGAAAAAUUUGGUGUCUACUAAAGGCAUAUUAAAUAUCUGGCUUUCCUUUUAAUUUAUAAUGUUAUUUUUAAUUGAUUAAUGCAAAAUGUAUAACUUUUUUUCUUUCUUUUUCUCCCUAUGUUCAUCUCUUGACUAUUGCUGCCCUAUACAGUUCAACCUUGAUGGUAAGACAUAGUGACCUGCUUCGUAUUAAAUAAUUGUUAAGUUGAAAUCUAAUGGAUAUUUGAGUUCUAAAAAUAUUCAUUAAAGAUAUUAACCCAUUCGCUCCUGGGGAUUUUGCCGAAAAACGCGUUUUGAAGCUAGUCGAGUGGUUUUCUGGUCACUGUCGUGCUAUAAAGAGCUAAAACUUACCACAAACCGGUUUACAGGUCGUACACUUGGCGGCCUUCUGAUCCAGAUGCAAAAUAUCAGCUUGCGAAGUUCGGGCAUGCGCAGAAAGCAAAAUUUCGACAUAGUUUUUGGGUUUAAAAGUGACACAGCAGUCUUGACUUUUACUUUUCGCUUUCUCUCUUCCCUUCUUUUUUCGCUUUUCUUGCCUCAUUUUUUUUUUCUCUUGCUGGGCAUUUAGUAGGCUUCAUUUUGGUGGGAAGAGUUUUUAGGAAAGCUUUUAGGAUCUUAGGAUUAGGUGAAAGGAAAGGUAGGUGGGUAAUGGAACAAGAUUUUCAUGGAGAUUUUCAGGUCCUUGUCACGUGGUUUUUUGCUUCUUUCUCCGGUGUCCUUGACUGAAUUGUACUCAUUCUGGUAUGGUUUGAAAGAUCUCUUCACUCUGCACAAGUUAGCGAAGAAAGUUGUCCUUGACCGUUAAAACUGAUGACGUCACAAAGGGUAGAAAGGACCUGGAUCCGCACGGGCGGUUACGGGCGGUUCAGGGGCGAAUGGGUUAAUAAGGUUCAUUUAUUUAGUAAGUUAUAGGGUGGUCAGACCUAGCCUAUGUUGUAGAGGAUGGAAUCAGGGAGGGAAACAGCUGCUCCUUUUCUUCCUUCCUAUCACUUUUGUUUGCACCUGCCACAAAGGCUUGGCCAGACCGACUUUCAUUCUGUUUCAAUAAAAAAUCCUUCUGUUGAUCAUGACUAUCCAGCCAGAUCAGUCUAUUUUCAAAUGGUAUGCUUGGCAGUGGUUGUUUUUAGGGGAAAUUUUGAAACAGUCGACUAAUAUUUUAUUGUGAAAUAUGACAGGUCUGGGUAGUCUCUAUCACAGCUGCUGAGGCCUAUAGUGAGGCAGGCCAGUUCUCACUUCUGGUGUUUAGCAAAAACGCCAUGAUAGCGAACUAUAGUGGUGUAUUUACAAAGAAACAAACACCUAGUUGUAAAGUUUAUUUCUAUCAUCGCUGCAUUGAAGUUUGAAGCAGGCCAUUGUUCUAUAAUAUUUGAUUUCUUUCUUACUGUUGUCAGUUGUUGGUCAGGAAUAAUUAGUAAUUGUCUCCUUUUUAGGCAGUGAUGGAGUCAGUAUUUCAGAGAUAUCUGCAAUGCUCAAGUCUUUAUUGUCAGCUGCUGCAAGGUAACCAUAAAGCUCAUCUCACAACCCUAGCGCUCACAUAUAAAUACUAUAGGAUGUUUUAAAGAACCCACACACUAUUCGUAAAGAGUAGGGCCCACAGUCCCUGGUAUCAUGUGGUGGUCCAUCUCUCAUGGAGGGAGGGACUGUUGAGGGGCCCACAGUAAUUGACUUCAAGCACUGUUGCGGUGAUCCUGCCAAAAUUGGCAACCUACGUGUAAGUAAAUAGAUAAAUAAUAAUUACGGGUGACAAGAGGAGCCCGCAAUCCCAAUCCCUAGGUUGUUAUUACGCAUGCGUCGCAUGUAUGUAGCCAGCAUUGGUUUGGACUUCCACUAAGAAAGAAUGGAAUGCACAGAAAGCAUUUUGAUCACACGUUUCAACCUUCUACCCCUGGUAACCUGAUCAUGCGUGUUUUGACCAUCUGUCACUUGAAACCUAUGCAAAGCACAGCAUUGGAGCUAAAGCGUUUUGACUUUUGACUGUUGUCGUCAGCACUCCGUAACCUUUAAUAAAAAAUUAUUACAUAGGCUUUUUGUCCACGGUUAACAACUUUCUGUAAAAAAGAAAACAAUUCCUUUUGGAAAAAUUAUUUCGAUAGGAACUGAAAAAACAUGCAAAAAUUAGGUAUCCUUCUAUUUUUAGGCUUUUAUCUCAGAAGUAGAGACUGCAACGGCCAACGAAAAUUAAAGAGAUAAUUUGUAGGGGUGCCACCCUUGAUUUUCCAAAGAAAUCCUUGUAAAUUUUGAAAUUUUCAAACUGGCGUAAAAUCUUUUAAUUAUGUGGCUCAAAUUAUUUUGUUAUGAACAAAAUAAACUUUGAGUCCCGUAAUGCUUAUUAGGGACAGAUCUAAUAUCGUUAAUAAUAAAACACUCAUUUUCAUGUGAAUGGUUCUGUACUUCGCCUCAUUUUGAAAGUUCACUGAAACCCCCUACUCACUCAUCUGGAUUUUUUUGUAUUAUUUAUUUUAAAUUAUUUCUUUGUAGAAUUGUACAUGCCAGGAACAGCCAGUCUCAGGGUAAGUCUUACCUAUACUAUACUACCAGCUAAUACAGUCGAAGCUCUCUCUCCUUGCGACCACUCUCGUAAGCGACCAGCUCUAGUUACAACCACCUUUGAGAAACUCCCUUUGAACUGUGACCUAAACAUUGUAAUGAAAAGCUCUCGUAAGCCACCGCUCAGAGUCUUAUUCAUAUAAAUCAACGCUUUAAUUAAACUACACACAGCGCUAAUGUUUCGUUGAGACAAAGAUCUUGUGCAGGAAUUAAUUUGUAAAAGUUCAAGGUUAUUUCCUUAGCGUCCACUUAGCCUGUAUAACAACGACCACUCACAGAACUUUUAAAGAGUUUCUGAAGGUCUUGUAAGCGCGACCACUCUCUAUUGUUUUACCAUGCGGUCGCUCAUUCUCAUAAGCGGCCAACUCUAGUUACGACCACUUUUGUCAAUUUCCCAGGGGUCGCUUACGAGAACUUCGGCUGUGCAUGUACGUCCUUUUAACAGGGUCUCUUAUACCUCUUUUUAUAAUAUAAAAGUACCCCAUCCACAUGGUGUUUUUGGCAAGAAGGGUCAUCUGUUUGGCCCGCAAUACGUGAGCAACGAAGUUACUGUAUGUUGUACUUGAAGUGAAUUAUAGUUACGAUUUGCGCAAGAAACAUAUGAUCUCCCUAUAGUCAAACUAAUGAGUUAAGAAAGAACAUUGAUAUGAAAUCAUGGUUAAACAGGGAUUUUAUCCUUUCCGAUUUCAAGACGAAAGGCUUUCUACAUUUGGGCUAAUCAAACCAAGUGGAGAACACGUCCAAAUCAGCACUGGAAAUACCUAUAUUUUGAUGUUUCGUUGUAUUUUUACUCUACUGGUCCAGGUGCUACUGAUUCCGUGAAUAUGUCAGAAGUAGACUCUGUCGUGGAAAACUUUGUCAAAGAUGCCCUCAGUCAGUGUGAUCAGAGCACGGUAAGUGAAACUUUCAAACGGGUUCAGUAGUGAAGGUUGUUUUCUCGGAAGAAAGUCUUAUAUACAUGAAAAGCAUUCGCAAGGCAACAUCAGAUUCAAUUUUAAAAUUCUCAUAUUAGGAAACUGACCAGAAUUCUUGAAUGAACUUUAUGACAUGAAUACACUUAUGUUCUUUGCAGAUACGAUAAGAAAAAAUAUAUAUAUUAAACGAAAAGUAGGGGAAAACUUACUCUAGGCGCCAUACGUUCUUUUCUCGCGGCUGACGAAGUCAGGUUGCGAAUAAAAACCUCCUGCUCGGAGCAUGAUCUCACCAGUUUUCAUGAUCCAAGCCCUUGGACGGAGCCGCCCGGGGUUUGAAUUUUAUGCGGUCUAACGCUUACCCGUUCGAGCAGAGGCUAAAUUUUCGCUGUGUGAGCUGGCGUGCGAGAAGUAGCCUCUACCGACAACCGUUCAAUUUUCUAUCGUACAUGCGCGAAAUUCGUCACGCGGUUCGCAAGCUAAAUUAAUCGUCAGUUGUUCAAAAGGUGGAUAGCGCUAUCCACCGGAUAAAUCUCUAUCUACUGGAUAACACAGUUGGUUUCCCUAAUACUUAUAAAUUUAUUGGAUAGUGAUUUAUCCGGUAGAUAGCGCUAUCCACCUUUUGAACAACUGGGGCCAGGUCUGUCGUCAAAUGGCGCGAGUUUCGCGGGAAUAAAGAAAUUGCGACAAUGCUCAAGCAAUGCUCUAAACCGGUCGAGAAAAGGAAAAAAACCCUUUUUUUAAUUUAUUCGUCCAGAUUUCGGGACAGAUUUGAACGCUUUUCGGCAGAGGCUACUUUUCGCACGAUAGCUCACACAGCGAAAAUGUAGCCUCAGCUCGCAGGGUAUCUCCCGCUCCGAUCUGAAGACCGGUACUCACCAGCAGCGCUCAUUUACCUUCAGUCAUUCAGUUCUGGAAAAUGCUUGUCGAAGUUCAAAAUUAUAUUGGAGUUUGAAGCCGCCAUUAAUAAAGGGAUAUCUUAAACAACAUUUUCAAGCCAUUCUUGCAUUUUGCUUUCGUUCGAAACUCAAACAAAGUAUGGUUGUCCUAUGGUUCGUGCAAUCCCGCGCAGACUCAGAAGCCUUUUCGAAUUUCUUGGUUGAGAGGAAAGGAAGUUCGUGAGUUGUGUUGACGUUAGCUAAAAAGCUACGUGGUAAUCAGAAUGGCUACCUUUGAUGAUAACUGGCAGACGGAAUGCCCAACCAUCAGCGAGAGGACCAAGUUUAUUUUUAAUAACGAAUUGUUAAGUGAUGUGAAGUUUGUAGUUCCUGCGUCGCUGAACGAAAGUGAAAGCCGAAAGAGACAGAAGAGCAUUCCAGCCCACAAGUUUGUUCUCGCAAUUAGCAGCCCUGUGUUCUUUGCCAUGUUCUAUGGUGAAAUGGCAGAGACUGCAGGCACUGUUCAACUGCCUGACUGUGAUUAUGAGAGCCUGUUAGAGUUGUUUCGUUACUUGUACAGCGAUGAUGUGAAGCUUAGCGGAAGUAAUGUGAUGCAGGUUCUAUAUUUGGCAAAGAAAUAUAUUGUACCCUCACUGGCUAAUAAAUGCACUAAAUAUCUCCGGGAACAUUUAGAAGCGUCGAAUGUGUUCUCCAUUCUUCCUCAAGCUCAGAAAUUUGAGGAUAAAGAUUUGGAAAAUCGGUGCUGGGGAGUAAUUGAGAAGCACACUGAGCAAGCUCUAAUGUCGGAUGAAUUUCUUACGCUUGAGCGAUCAGUUGUUGAGUCUGUCGUGAAAAGGAAUAUAUUGAAAGUUAAAGAAGUGGAUUUGUUCAAAGCUGUGGAUCGCUGGGCCUCCAAAGAACUAAAAAGACAAGGCAAGACUCCUGAUGGCGAGGUCAAAAGAAAGAUUCUUGGAGAGAAAAUUGUGAAAACAAUACGGUUUUCAUUGAUACCAGAGAAGGAGUUUGCUUCAGUUGUUUUGGAUUGUGACAUUCUUUCUAAAACAGAGAUUUGUGACAUGAUUAAGUACUAUAAUGGCACCGCUUUAGAAUCGCCUUUAGCAGUCAUACAUUCCCCCAGAUAUUUGCAUCGAUGUUUCAGAUUUGCAAAGAUAGAAUUCCCUAGAACCCCAGAUGGUCCCUGGAACAACAAUAGCUCUUUUCCUAGUGUUCUUAAAAUAACUGCUAACAAACCUGUCAAGUUAUAUGGAGUACAGCAUUUUGGCAGUGAGUCCGGUGGCGAGUACACUGUUUCAUUAGAAGUGAAAGAUGGGAGAAAUGGCCUUUCUCUUGCACAGAAAUCAGGAUCAUACUUUUCAGAAAAAGAUGACACACAUUCUUUUUAUGGCUUUGAUGUCAUGUUUGAUCUCCCAGUUUACCUUGAGACAGACAAAACAUAUGAGAUUAUAUCUCAUAUGAAGGGACCGAGGUCUUGCUAUGGAACAAUUGGACAACCAAAUGUCGAGUUUCAAGAAAUCCGAUUUUCAUUUAGCAACUCAAAGGCAUCGCAGAAUGGGACUGAUG